AUGCACGCUGGGCGUGUGGCCUGGCUGCUGCUGUUGCUCUGGGGCGCAGACUCGAUUGCUGCUGAGAAUCGGUCUGCGCGGGUUCUCAAGGAGAAGGACAAGAAGCCAAACAGGGCGGAGGUGGUGAAGAGGCUGAAGGCUACGAUAGCGCGACUGCAGGAGGAGAAGCAGUCUCUCAGCAGUGAGGUGAAGAUCAAUGCCGAGGCAGCUGCGGCAAAGGCGAACCAGAUUGCUGAGCUUAGCAACCAGUUGAGCGAGCAGUCCAAGACCAUCGCGAGACUGCGAGGGGACAUGUCCCAGAAGAACCCCAGCCCGGCGGCGGGGCAGGCGGAGGUGGACUCCAAGAGGGUGGAGAAGCUGACGGCGGAGGCCUCCAAAAACCAGCAGGAGAUCGCGGAGCUCACAGCCCAGGUCUCGGCGCUGAAGAUUGAGAAGCAGCGGCUUGAAGAGGAGUUUGGAGAUCCUUCGCUGCAGUACUUCCUCGCAGCCAAGGCCACGAAGGUCUACCAAGAUCCGGGAAUUCAAGGCGCACGCAACAAGACCUUCAAGUACGUCUUGCCUCAUGUGGCGGAUGCCUUGAAGACGGGCACUGAGGUCUACUCUGCGAUGAACUCCUCGCUGCUAGAAGGGAUGCACAGCCUGCUGGGCGCAGACUCCUCCGUGGAGCCCUGGCUGCCCACAAUGUCGGCCUUCCUGGUCUACGGCAUGAUUUGCUGCCCCUUAGGUCUCGUGUUGUCCUACUGCGCGGAGUGGGUCUGCAACACCAAGGAGCUUUUGCUCGGCUGUGGCUUCUACUUGGUCUCGGUUUCGGUGCUGUCCGUGGGCUUCGUCGCAGCCACCCAGAGGGACCCUUUGAAGGAGCUGGCGAACCACGACCCCACGGUGCUGCUGCUGCAGCAGGUAGGCUUCGUGUCUGUGUUGCUGGCCUACCUGGUGCUGCUAGCGGUGGCUACCCUCAGCGGCGCUGCCAACUUCAACCUGAAUUUGUCGAUGAUAUGUGGGAGGUUCUUCCAGCGCCUUGGAUGCAGCCGCGCAGCCGGCGACCGGGACCUGGCUAGGAACGGGAAGACGGACCCCCAAAAUGGCUGA